CAACAAUAUUUCCUGAUAGUUGAAGACAAUACUUCGGAAGAUGGCAUCAACAGCCGAGAUUGCCAUUCCGCAGUCUGCAGAAGACAUCACCCCCUCCUGGGUGCAGCAGGUACUGCAGAAGGACCUCCCGGGCCUCACCAUCACGGACGUCCAGGUCAACGGAAAGAUCAGCGAAGGAGAGGGGUUCUUGAGCGACGUCAUCGCUUUUGAUGCUGUGGGGACCAGGGAUGGCAUCAGUCAGCGCUACAGCCUCGUCGCCAAACUGACGAACUAGGCCAAACCAUGGACGGUGAUGGAACAGUGGUCAAAGGACUUCCACAUCACAGGCGAGACGACCGAAGUCAAUUUUUACCUAAAAGUAGUCCCCGAGCUCCUAUCUGUGGCAGCUCCAGGCGCAGAGAAAAAAUCGAAGAAUAAAGAUGACAAAUACCACUCUCCCUCUGAGUCCCUGUUCCUCCCAAAAUGCUACUUCGCGGCCACCGACCCGAGCUCCAUGCUGUCCGUCAGGGUUAUGGAGAACCUGAAAUCUUGCGGGUUCUCCAUAAAACCCAAAGGGCAACCACUGAGCCGUGAGGAGAUGAUGCUUGCAGCCGGGGCCCUGGCUCGGCUGCACGGCCUGUCACAUUGUCUGGAGCACCGAUCGGGCAAACCCCUCGACGAGAACUAAUAAGGGAUCGUGUCUCUCUCGGGUGCCAGUGCCGAAAUGGAUGCAGUAACCUUUAAAUGUCUGACCAACCUAAAGGACUUUGCCACAGCUUUUCCUGACCAGGCAGACCUUGUAGCUCGCUUGGAGAAGUUACGCGCCCCAAUCAUCGGCCCGGAGGAUCCGAGGAUCAGAGUGAUUUGCCAUUCUGAGUGUUGGAUCAAUAACAUCAUGUUUAAGCAUGCAGGAGACGAGCCCAUUGACGCAAGGCUGGUGGACUGGCAGAGUUCGAUGUACCUGCCGCCAAGCUCUGACCUGGCUCUCCUGUUCGUGUGUAACACCGGUUGGGACGUUUUCCACAACCACAGGGACGACAUACUGGCUCACUAUCACCACAAACUACAGGAGAUACUGGGUCCGAACGAGUCCUUGGGUCUGCAGAGCUACACGCUGGACCAGUUGGAGGCAGACUUCAAAGCCGACUGUCGGUACGGGGUGUUCCAGCGUUUCUUACACCUGCCGGUUCUGCCUCUAGACUCAGGUCUGGUGAGGAUGCUGAAGGAGAUAAAGCAAUGGGGAGUUAUCUAA